GUUUCCGCCUUCCACAGACAAGCGCGGGACCUACUCAGGCCCCCAGAAAAACACGGGGGAGAGGACGGCAAAGACUCGGCGCUAAUAUCCCCCGUCUUCACAGGGCGGGGACCCCACCGCCACUUCUGCAGUCCUGCCUCUCAGCCUGGAUCAGUGACGUACUCGGGGAUUCCCCCACCACGCCGCCUUAAAAUUAAGGUUUAAAAGCCCGGGUUUGUCGUCCCCCCCACUCCUUCUCACCGCCCACCGGACUCCGAGGACGCCGGGCUUUGUAGUCUCUGGCCCGUCCUUCCGCUCCCUUCUGGAGGCGAACUGUCCCUGAAGAAACUACUAAUCCCAAAAGGCUGUGCGCGCUCCUCUCUGCGCCUGUGCGAAAUCCGAGCCAGGAAGGCGGGACCCAGAGUGGGCGGGACGCGAGGGACUAUGGGGAAAAUAUUCGAAUUCUGAAGGUUUUAAAUCGCAGGAGGAAAGGCCACCACUGUCCAGUAGUUAAGAAUUUUCAAAUCGCUUAUCCAGUGGACACUUUCAUACAAGAUUGGAUAUUCAAAGGAAUUCCUAAAGUUCCUAAGAUGCAUUGACCCAUCAUGUUACAACCAUCUAAGCAAGAUUACAUAUGAGGAGAAUUUAUUGAAACCUCAAACUAUGCAGAAACACUCCAAGAGGUACAGUAAUUCAAGAGUUGCUGACAUAGACUUGAACUCUGUGGACACUGAGGAGAAGAAAAAAGAGAGUCAAAACAACUUUGUUGAGCUACUGCCUCCGGAAGUCACUUUGAACAUUUUCCGCCGGCUAGACAUUCAGAGUCUGUGCAGGGCUUCAAUGGCGUGCAGGAGCUGGAAUGACGUGAUAAGAAACAGUGACUCCUUGUGGAAACCACACUGUUUGACUGUAAGAGCUGUGUGCCAAAGAGAAAUAGACGGUGAUCUAGAAAGCGGUUAUUCCUGGAGGGUCAUACUACUGAGGAAUUACCAGAAGAGUAAAGUGAAGCAUGAAUGGCUCAGUGGCAGAUAUAGCAAUAUAUGUUCUUCCAUUAGCCUGCCAGAGAAAAUCAUGUACCCGAUGGAUGCAGAUACGUGGGGGGAAAUUCUGGAAGCAGAACUGGAAAGAUAAACAAAUGGAAAAAUUGUAAACAUCUCGUAACCUUGAGAAUUUAAAACCAGAUGGCGAUGAGGUUACAAAAGGUAUACCUUUAUCCGUUCACUUUUUUGUUUACUUUUUUAUAUUUAACAUUUAAAAGAAAGCUAAGUGAAAAAUAGUAUGAAAGCUAAAGGUUUAUUUUUAUUUUUGCACUUUAUGAAAAACAUUUUUCUGGUUUUGUGAAGUAGAAAAAUCAUGAAAUGAUAUUUUUAUAAGAAAUACUUUACUGAAAGUAAUUUCAAAUGUAUUAUGUAAUGUGUUUGUGUACGUUUAUUAUAGUACUUUAAAUGACUAGAGUUUGAUGGGUAUUUUCUAGAUAAUUCAGAAAUUCAAGAAGCCAUUUGAAACUGACUUAGAGAUUCAUUAAGCAGUAGGCAUAACGAGGCUUAUGGGAAGACUAGCUAAAUAAAAUUAACACCAAUAUGUUUAAAUGAAUAAUAAACAUGCAUUUCCGUAACUUUUUAAAAAAUUCCAUUUCAGUGGCAUUCAACUGAAUUGUCAAAUAGUGAGACCACUUUAAAACAUGUUAAGCCUGUGAUUUCGUUUAAAGUUAAUUUUACCAUAGGACUAAAGCUUGUCAGGAUUAAGAUUCCUGUUACUUCCGUGCAAGCCUGCAGUUGCUCUCAGAGGCUGGAAAUGAGUGGAGUUUCCAGAACGCUUAACUUACCUGCAGAGCUACCACACUGUUUUUCUUGAUAAAAUCAUCUUUCUGACAACCUUAUAACAUUAUCUAGUGUACUGCUUAGACAUACCAAGACAAAGGACUUUCAGCUUCUUUUUGUUUGCACUAUGUAAAGGAAAAUAUUAUUCUAGAGAACGCUUAAUAUCUGACUUUGUUAAAGUUUGUAUCUUUCCAGGAUUUUUCAAUACAACCUUUGUGAUUGCUUAUCUCAAUCUACGGUCAGCACCAUAGUGAAAAGUAUCUGCAAAACAUUUAGCCAAUAUGUAGUUUUCUUCUUAACUUGUACUCUAUAGUAUGAAGAAAUAAGAAUCUAGGGGACCAGUAUUUAGUGAAUUCUCAAAGAUCAGGAAGAUACUCCACUACAGGCAUACCUCGGAAAUACUGCGGGUUCAGUUCCAGACCGCUGCAAUAAGGCAGAUAUUGCAAUAAAGCAAGUCAUGCAAAUUUUCUGAUUUCCCAGUGCAUAUAAAAGUUAUAUUUACACUAUACUGUAGUCUAUUAAGUGUGCAAUAGUAUUAUGUCUAAAAAAACAAAGUACAUAACUUAAUUAAAAACUAUUGCUAAAAAAUGCUAACCAUUGGAGCCUUCAGCAAGUUGUAAUCUUUUUUGCUGGUGGAGGGUCUUGCCCAACUGUUGAUGGCUGCUGAAGGUUGGGGUGGCUGUGGCAAUUUGUUAAAAGAAGACAGCAAUGAAGUUUGCUGCAUCAAUUGACUCUUCCUUUCAAGAAAGUUUUCUCUGUAACAUGCGAUGUUGUUUGAUAACAUUUUACCCACAGGAAAACUUCUUUCUGUAUUGGAGUCAGUUCUCUCAAACCCUCUGCCGCUGCUUUAUCAGCUAAGUUCAUGUAAUAUUCUAAAUCUUUGGUUGCUGUUUCAGCAGUGUUCACAGAAUCUUCACCAAGAAUUGAUCCCAUCUCAAAAAACCACUUUUUUUUCUCCUCCAUAAGAGGCCACUCCUCAUCCGCUAGUUUCAUUAUGAGAUUACAGCAAUUCAGUCUCAUCUUCAGGCCCCACUUCUAAUCUGGUUCUCUUGCUGUUUCCACCACAUUUGCAGUUACUUCCUCCACUAAAGUCUUGAACCCCUCAAAGUCAUCCUCGAGAGCUGAAAUCAGCUUCUUCUAAACUCCUGUUAAUGUUGAUAUUUUGACCUCCUCACAGGAAUCAUAAAUGUCCUUAAUGGCAUCUAGAAUGGUGACUCCUUUUCAGAGGGCUUUCAAUUUGCUUCGCUCUGAUCCGUCAGAGGAACCACUAUCUAUGGCAGCUAUAGCUUUACGAAAUGUACUUCUUCAAUUAUAAGACUCCGAAGUCAAAACUACUCCUUGAUCCAUGAGCUGCAGAAUGGAUGUUGUGUUAGAAGGCAUGAAAACAACAUUAAUCUCCUGUACAUUUCCAUCAAAGCUCUUGGGUGACCAAGGGCCUUACCAAUGAGCAAAAAUAUUUUGAAAGGAACCUUUUUAUCUGAGCAGCAGGUCUCAACAGUGGGCUUAAAAUAGCCGGUAAACUGUGUUGUAAACAGAUGUGCUGUCAUCCAGGCUUUGUUGUUCCUUUUAUAGAGCAUAGGCAGUGUAGAUUUAGCAUAAUUCUUAUGGGCCCUAGGAUUUUUGGAAUGGUAAAUGAGCAUUGGCUUCAACUUAAAGUCACCAGCUGCAUUGGCCCCUAACAAGAGAGUCGGCCUCUCCUUUGAAGCUUUGAAGCCAGGCAUUGACUUCUCUUCUCUAGCUAUGAAGUCCUAGGUGCCAUCGUCUUCCAGUGUAAGACUGUUUUGUCUACAUUGGAAAUCUGUUGUUACUGUGGCCCCUUCGUCAGGUAUCUCGGCUGGAUCCUCUGGAUAACUUGCUGCAGCCUCUACAUCAGCACCUGCUGCCUCACCUCGCACUUCUAUGUUACAGAAACGGCUUCUUUCCUUAAACGUCAUGAACCCAUCUCUGCUAGUUUCAAACUUUUCUUCCCAUCUUCCUCACCUCUCUCAGGCUUCGUAGCGUUUAAGAGACUUAGGACCUUGCUCUGUAUUCGACUUGGGCUUAUGGGAAUGUUGUGGCUGGUUUGAUCUUUUAUCCAGACCACUAAAAUUUUCUCCGUGCCAGCAAUAAGACAGUUUCACUUUCUUAUCAUCUGUGGUUCACUGGAGUAGCACUUUUAGUUUCCUUCAAAGAACUUUUCCUUUGCGUUCUGGCUAAUUGUUUGGCACAAGAGGCCUAGCUUUCAGCCUAUCUCAGCUUCCCAUGAGCUUAAUCAUUUCUAGCUUUUGAUUUAGAAAUGUGUGACUCUUCCUUUCACUUGAACACUUAGAGGCCAUUGUGGGGUUAUUAAUUGGCCUAAUUUCAAUAUUAUCGUGUCUCUGAGAAUAGGGAGACCUGAGGAGAAGGAAGGAGACAGGGAAUAGGCAGUGGAUGGAGUAGUCAGAACACACACAACAUUUAUCGAUUAAGUUCACUGUCAUACGGUCGCGUUUUGUGGUACCCCAAAACAAUUACAAUAGUAACAACAAAGAUCAUUGAUCACAGAUCACCGUAACAGAUAUAAUAAUAAAGAAAAAGUUUGAAAUAUUGUGAGAAUUGCCACAAUGUGACACAGAGACACAAAGUGAGCACACGCUGUUGGAAAAAAUAGCACCAACAGACUUGCUCAAUGCAGGGUGCCACAAACCUUCAAUUUGUAAAAACCACAGUAUCUGUGAAGUGCAAUAAAGUGCAAUAAAAAUGAGGUAUAGUUUAUAUACAAAUUCCUUGGUUGGAUCAGAUGAAUGAUGAUUGAUUAUGCCAGACUAUCUUCUCAGAGUUGGAAGAGGCCUUGGAAAUAGGCAGUCCAGUCUCCAAGGCCAUCCAGUAAUCUCUACAGGAACACUAACAGGGGCUCAGCCUGCCCCAGCUCAAAUACUUCUAGUAAUAGAAUUUCUAUUAUCUCACAAAAGAGCCCUUUUCUCUAGGAUUGAUCUGAUCAUUAGAAAGCCUUCCUCAUUAAAAUUGAAGACUUCCUCCCUGUAACAUCUGCCUCCUAGUCCUGCCCUCUAAGAUUGCCAUUUGAAUGUUUGAAAUAUAAACAUUUGAAUAUUUGUUAACUUAUCUUUUCUAGUAUCCUCUCCCCAGUUCCUUCUGCUAUUCAGCAAGCAUAACUUCUACACCUGACAGCAUCCUCUUCUGCCUGUUUUGCCUGAGAAAAGUGUAAUUGGAAAGGAAGGUAUCCACUACUUUUAUUUAAUAUAUUUAAUUAGAAAUGAUAAUGAAGAAAGCCCUUAGAAAUUUUCGAAGUAUGGGAAAAAUUAAAACUAUAAAGCAUUUUAUUGAAUAAUAUCUUUGUACAGUAGGAUAUGUACAUAUAUAUUUUUAUCGGGUUUUUGUAAUAGAUGUGGAUUAUAUUUGUUUGCUCAACUCCCCUUGCUGCCUUUCACCUUUAUCUGUAAAUAGAAGUCACCCUAAUUAAGGAGAGGAGCCCUGGUGGCACCGUGGUUAAGAGCUAUGGUUGCUAACCAAAAGGUCAGCAGUUCAAAUCCACCAGCCGCUCCUUGGAAACCCUAUGAGGCAGUUCUAUUCUGGUCCUAUAGGGUCACUGUGAGUUGGAAUCAACUCAAGGGCAAUCAAUUAGGGAGAAUCCCCCUUCUCCUUGCAUCUUUCCCAUGCUGUUUUUAACAGUACACUACCCCUUUCCCCCACCCCCAAUCUCUGGCAACCACUGAUCUUUUUACUGUCUCUAUAAUUUUGUUGGAGUCCCUGGAUGGCACAAUGGUUAAGCACUUGACUAGUAACUGGAAGGUUGGCAAUUUCAACCCACCCACCCAGCAGAACAAAGGCCUGUCCAUCUGCUUCUGAAAAGUCACAGCCUUGAAAACCCUAUGGAGUGCAGUUGUACUCUCAUGCACAUAGGGUCACCAUGAGCCAGGACUGACUCAUCUGCAACUGGUCUGGUUUGGUUUUUACCUCCCCUGGCUAUAGUGUCUGGCCCAGGGGUGGGUACAUGAGCCAAAUCACCCUCUUCCAUAGCUGGAAGAAAGAAGCCCUUUCCUCUUUGAUGAUGAAACUGUUCCCUGCCAUGCGGAGAAAGCAGAUCCUCAGUAAGAGAAUAAGGAACCAAAAGGAGAGAGAAACAGCUGUAGAGAGAGGCCUGACUGAGUUCAAACACUGGCUGCAGCCUUUCCCAGUCUGCUCACCUAAACUAACUUCAGCAAAUUACGCGGGCUGUUCGACGUACCUGGAAUGUUAUUCCUCUCACCUACCAUUAAUUCUUUUCCCGGCAAGUUCUUCUAAUUUUAUUAACUACUGUUCUGGAUUAAUUGGUGCUCUUAAGGUUCCUAUAGUCCUUGGUACAUGCCAUUCUCAAAGCUGUCAUACUGCGUUAUCUAUUUGUCUCCCCAUUUAGACUGUGAACUUCUUAAUGAGCAAGACCAUUUGUUAUUUAUUUUGUGUUCCCAGAACCUGGCACAUAGAAGGUGCUUGAUAAAGAUUUGUUAAAUUAUUUCUAUAGUUAUUUAUUUUAAUCCUACCCAGAAUAUACAAUAAAAAAAUUUGCUAUGUUGUUAAUGGACAAGAUUGUAUUGAAAUACCCAUGUAUAACCCAUAAGAUAUUAAUGCCAAUAUAUGAAUAAUUGUUCUAGUCUGUAAGAGAAAAAUAAGAGAGUAGAAAUGUUUUAUUUUUUUAAUAAAAACUUGAAAAUAAACAACCUGAGAAGUAUCAUCAUUUUUAAUAAUUGGG